AUGGCGCCCGUCUUUGUCGAAGAAGAACCGUGCAUCAUCAGCAGUGAUGUCAAACAUGGGAUCCCCGAGUCCCCAACCACCUAUACUAUCGACUUCAAAUCAUUCUUCGGCGUCGGACCUCAAAACAUAAACCGCAAGUUCAACAUCUCUCUAUCAGACCUCAGCUACCUCCCCAAGAUCCACACCCCCCGAGCCGACUGGGCUGUCACCGCCGCCUUCAACUCAUUCUCCGCCUUCCAAGCCGCCAAGUUUGGCCCCGUGCACCGCUUCGCAACCAUCGGCACUGGAUCCGGCACCGACGCCAUCGCCGCGCUGGACAUCUUCCCCCAUCUCCGCACCAUCGCCAUGACCGACCUCCACGACGAGGUCGUCACAAAAGCCAAAGCAAAUGUCCUAUCCGCUACAAACGAAUCCGAGAACCGGGUUCGAACCGUCGCAACCCAAGCCAUUGGUAUCUCUGGCGAAUGUCUAGUUCCGCUUCGCGGUCAGGAACCUUUUGAUUUGAUCUAUGAAAACCUCCCCAACAUCCCCCUCCCCGACGACGCGGACCUCCUAGACGGCCAAACCUCCUCAACAUACUUCAGCUCGAAUGAUGUAUCGAACCUCGUUCCGCGAUUUGUCUCCGACUCGCUAUUGGAUUUGCACUUCGUGUGUCUCAUCCAAGCCCGGACUUUCAAUCUCCUCAGUAAAUCCGGCGUCAUAUUGUCCAGUAUGGGCGGCCGCGUCCCGAUUGAGACUAUGCUCCGAUUAUCCGAAGCAGCUGGCUUCACGGGCCGGAUUCUUUCCAUGUCGUGGAAGGUGCAGAGUGAGCCGGAUGAAGUGAUUGGGGGGUAUGCGAAGGCGCAGGAGCGGGGGAUUGGACCGUUUUAUUUCUACCGCACGAGUACCCUAAAGGAUAUCUUCGGUGAUCAGACUCCCGCUGGGGCGGGGUUGAGAGCCAAGCAGGUUGAGAAUGAGCUGUUGUCGGAGAGAUUGGAUGCGGUGACGGCGUUGAGGGCGCAUAGACAGGGGAUUGAAAUUGGACAUCCUGUUGUUGUGAUGGCUAGUGUGAUGGUUUAGGGUGUGGUUUGUGGGUUGGUUGUUUGGAUUUGGGAUUGGUGGAUUGUGUGGAAGGGAGGAAGUGUGGUAUAGGGAUGGAUGUGGGAUACAAAAGUUUGGGAUAUUUGUUUUUUUUUAUGGCUUGCUAUUAAUGAAAACUCUGGUUUGAUUUUGGAUUUGUUUUUGGCGAGG